AUUUUCAAUAUUAUCGCGUUCUAUAAGUACAUAUAUCGAUUAUAAAGUUAUAUCGAUUGCUAGUAUAGCAAUUAGUGAUUGAAUCUGUCAAUGUGUUAUUGUACGGAAACUUAAUUGAAAUAGAGAAAAUCAAUGCUGUAUGUAUAUUAUUAAUAUUGUAAAAUAAAGUAGAAGAAGAAAUAAGUACGAUUAAGUGUACUAAAAAAUAUUAUCCAAACUAUCGGGGACAAAUUACAUAUUAAGGUUAUAAAUUUUGGUUUUAAAGAUAAUUACGUUUCUUUAUUUCUAAGUAACGUUUGAAGAAAAAACAGCGGAAAAUGACGAAAGUUGUUGAAUUAUGUCCUGAUAGAAAUUUAACAAAUCUAAAAUUUGAGAAAUAUCAAUUUUGUUCUGAUGAAGUACCAAUAGACAGUGAAAUAAAUUUGAAAACAGAUAUACUUAGGUUAGAGUUAACAACCAAUCGUGAUUCCCUUUUAGAAACUCGAUUGUUUGCAUUUCAUAACCAUUUAUUCAAAAAUCCAUAUGAUACAUCAGUUUGGUUUAUAGAUAAAGAUUGGGUUGUGUGGCAUUUUAAAAAGGAUGGCAAUUUACAACAAGUAUAUACAAUCCAUAGCUUCAACGAAAAGAUACAGAAUUUUCUAUAUAAUCCAUCAAUUGGAUUUACUAGUAACAAUAUUAUUGUAAUCUCUGAUGGUGGAGACUGUUUAACAUUAUUAGUAACAGAUGCACAGGAACAUAUUAAAUCUUUUAUACUAAAUGAUGCAGAGCCUGGAAUUAUAUUAGAUGUACAAUAUGUGAAUACUAUAAGCACUGUUAUGGUCGUAAUGUGUGAUAUUAGAAGUACAGGCGAAAAAAAAUUUACAAGACUAUUACUGCUAACGUAUAUUUGGAGAAAUGUAGGAAGUGAAGCUGAAUACUUUGAGCUAACUGAUAAAAAAGCUUUAAAAGUAAAUGGUGCUGUUGAAUAUGUAUAUAUAGAAGAAUGCGGAAAAUACUUGCAUUCUAUUUGCCAAGAUUAUAUAACAUUUGAAUGUCCAAAAACAAAACAAUUUACUGAUAGUAGGAAAGAUAUAGAAAAAACUGGAGAACUAAAGAUCCCAAAAUAUUGUUGGUCUCAGGAUGAGGAUUCCAUAACAGUUUGGCUUACAAUAGAUAAACAUCAUCAUGAUAAAGUUAAAGUAAAUGUAACGCCUUUGGAAUUAUCGGUAACAGUGAAUAAUAACAUACUAAUUGAAGGGCAAUGCCAAUACAGAUUAGACGAAAAUUUAACAACAUGGAGAUAUGAACAGGAUACAUUUAAACUUGAACUGUAUAAACAUGAAAGUGGUUUGAUGUGGAAUGAACUAAUUAAAGGUGAUAUUGGUGGAGAAUGUUUGCCUAAUGAAACUUUGGCUACUGAAAUCCAUUUUAGGUUAGCACAUCUGUGUGCGGAUCAAAUAGAUAACAAACAAGGUCAACCUUGUUUGGGAUUCAAUGCUGAACAACUUGAAGAAUGUGACCUUGAAAGAAAAGAUAAUCUUCUACAAAGAAUUGACCUUAUUACACAGGAAAAUACUCAUUUAGCUAUGCUUGGACUAAACAAUCAUGUCUUGUAUACGUACAAAACAAAAUCUGGACAAGCAAUAUGUUUAAGGCACGACAACGACGGUUGCUUAUGGAUAACUAACCAAAUAAAUGAUAUGGAAUGGAAUAUAAAGCAUCACUACACCUUUCCUGGUUUUGGUUACGUUGAAGCAAGUAAAAGUAACAAAAAGUUUUGUCUUUCACCUGCUGAUGGUUCAUAUGUAGCUAUACUUGAGCACAUAAGAUAUAUAUUUCUUUAUAAAAAACCUGAAUCAAAUAUUGAAGUUGGGAAGCAAUGGAUUGUAGACUUAGGUAUUGAAACUUAUCCUAUUAUGGGAGCAGCUGCCACAAAUAGGUAUCUGAUCAUUCUAACUAAAAACAAAUUGUAUCGACUAAAUAUGUAUAACAUAAUUAUAAAAUAAAUUAUACAAUCAUAUAGUACA